AAUAAUUUGAAUUUGGGAUCUCUGAAUCUGUGCUGGUUGUGCUGUGCAAACCUCUCCAAACACCCAACAUGAAUGGGAGAAGUUCCAUGUUAAUUGCCCUUCUGAUCGGGAUAACCUGCAUCAACUGGUCUUGGGAAAAGCCAUCGUCAAUAAUUAACAGAUGCAAGUGCAGAGGAGGCACAACUCGACUGAGCCCAAACAGCAUUCAGAAACUGAUGAUUCUGCCGAUUCCAAACUGCCCCCUGCAAAUCAUAGCCACUUUGAAGAACAAUGGUGAUCAGGUCUGCAUCCAUCCUAAAACAAGAUGGCUUCGUUUCAGAAACAAAAACCUGAAAUCCAUGAUGUAAAGGCUACGAAGAUGCGACGAUCCUCAGUGCUGAUGCAACUAUAGAAAAAUGAGGCAUCCUUAUGUAUUCUAUGCAGACUACCAUCAUGCACAGUAUAUUACCCAGUAACAAGCUGUUGAAUGUAAACCCUUACUAUAUGAUUUACAAGCUGAAUAUCUAUAUCGAAAUACAUUGAGAUCCGUGUCUUCAGCUUUUCUGUGACGACCACUUUAUUAGCCAUUCGUCUACAUACGUCACGCCAAUUUUAAGUUUUAAAACUUAAAAAGAAACUAAAAGAGCAGAGCACUUGCAUCACAGUUAAAGAGAGUGCUUCAAUCCAGUCAUUUUGUUGACCUGAAAAGUUGCAUUUUGACGCUGCAACUUGCUGGCUUCGCCUCGUGAUAUACGUGAAUCUGGCGAUACAACAGCUUCUUUAAAAUAAGUGAGCUUUGAACACGGUCAACUUCACAUAAUCUCAAAGAUGAAGUUACUGCAGAACAAGCCAAGAGCAUUUGGAACUCCCUCCAACUCAGUUGUGAGUUCAGUGGGAGUUGAAUGGUAAUGGCUGCUUCCCCUGAGAAUCUGUUGGUCUCCCACUAAGAUCUUAGCUGGCACCGGACUGGUGGGAUUUAAGUUUAAUCCACAAAUUACGCGGGCACACUUGAGUUUUUGCAGAAUCCUCCACUCCCAUUAAUACCAAAGAGUUUGCAGGAAUUGCAAAGUUUUGGAGUGGUGAGUUAGAACAAGGUAUGCAAUUUAAAUGCCACAGCAGUGAAGAGUUCUCACUCACUGCAAGACAGAUACAUCAUUCCACAUCAAGGCCUUGGCGCCAAGGGGGAAAUGAUGCAUCCAUCCCAGUGGACAGGGUAAGGAAACCUAACAGGAAAAAUAAACAUAGUAGCAGUCAAUGGUGGACCCACAAAACAUUAAUAACAGUCAGAAUGUUUAGGUAAGAAGGUAAUCUCUUGGCGUUUUGGUCUGCUUCUCGCAAAAUAUAAACACAUGUUGAUCACGCCAAAAAAAAAAAAUAUUUUCCCAUUAAGCGUGAAUACAUGUAAAACAACAAUCAAGCUUUAAUCCUUUCAAUUUGUAAACUUUAUAGAUUAUACAGAGAGGAAUGCAAAGUGUUCAUUUGGAUCAGUUGUAAGUAGACUUACCUCCAAAUCAAAAAAUUAUGUCCUGGACCAGGAAGUGACCCAAAAACCAAGACUGACACCACAGUGCUGUACUGAGGUGAGCUGUUGAUCUCAAUCCCCUACUCGUACAGAUGUUGAACAACCCUGUAACAAUAAUCAAAGAAGAUCAGAUGUUAAAACCCUGGCCCACAACAGGUUAAUCAAUCAUCUACCUCACAGCAGUUUAAAGGAUCUGGCUGUGCGCAAAAUGUGUUUGCGAUGAUAUUGACCAUGUUUCAAAUUAUUGUGUGCAAGAUGCUCGGUGACACUUAAAGCUGUGACAAGAUGAUUUUUGUAAUUCUGGAGGACCAGUCCAGUGCAAAAUGUUUGAGUGAAGAAUCCCAAAAUGUAAAGGGAUUUUUUUCAUCGGAAUAAUAUGCAUGGGAAAGCAUUUAAAUCAGUUGGAAUACAUUCAAAAAUACAUUAAUAUCACGUAAUUUGAAGCUAUUGACAAUAGCAUAUAUACUGCAAUUAUUGUUGAUAUAGAUUUCAUUAUGUUAAACAGUAUCAAGAUCUGGGGUGGGAAGGACAAGUCAGAUUUAUUUAGAGAGAUUUGAAACAGGGUGGUCUGAAUAAAAACUGGAUUAUUUUCAGAAAUUAAUCUAUAAUACCCCAGGGAACAAGUAUAUUCUACAAGUCGGUCAAUAUAACCAUAACUCUGCACAAUGGAACUGAUUUCUUCUUCUUACAUAAUGAUCUGUACCAACUAUUGAUUUUGUCCUUGAAUAUUCUACAUUGUUUUCUAAAUAUUUCACAAGUACGGUAACAAGCCGUAAUUGGGAAUUCUGAUGCCUUUCUGUCUGACUGCAUUCUUGAGUCAGGUUCGCUCAUUGUAACACAAUACAAUGCUACUUUUAUAGGGUUCCUUCUAAUUCUUUCUAAAUUUACAAAACCUUUGUGCUGAUUCCCAGGAGUUCAGCUUGUUUUGUUUCUGGCCUCUGUCUAGUUUCCUGCCCCGAAUCUCUGACUGCUGCCAAGGAAAGUGAAGAAUUUGUGCAAAUUAUAAGUUGCUUCCAGAAAGGUUUAUCCAGAUAUUCUCUUCUCUGGAGUUCCCAAAAAUGUGGAAAAAAAAUAUGGUUUACCCCAGAAACGCUUUCUGUCCAAACUCUGCUUUUGAAUAACAGUUAUAUAAAAUAAAAGCAUUUUGAACUUAA